GGCGCGAAAAUCAGUACUAGUGUGAGGACUAAUAAGGAGGAGGUUAUCAUUUUUGGGAUUAUUUCUUUUCCGAAACGAAACUAAGACAUGGAUCCGUCGCCCGCUGCAAAACGACGUCGUCAGAGCAAACACGUCGACAUUGAAGCACCAGCGCUGCAAAUAUUGUCACCGGUCGUUAUUUUCGCUCACGGUGCCGGUGCUCCUUCCUCUUCUGAUUGGAUGCUAAGAUGGAAGAAUUUGUUGAAGGAGGAUCUGCAAGCUACUGAUGUUGUCACCUUUGACUACCCUUAUAUGUCUGGUGGGAAAAAGAGGGCUCCUCCUAAGGCAGAAAAAUUGGUGGAAUUUCAUUCAAAUAUUGUGAAGGAAACUGCAACUAAGUACCCUGGUCAUCCUCUCAUACUGGCUGGCAAAUCAAUGGGUUCGAGAGUUGGAUGCAUGGUGGCUAGUAUGGAAGACAUCAAUGUUUCUGCUGUAGUAUGCUUGGGCUACCCGUUAAAGGGAAUCAAUGGUGCAGUUAGAGAUGAAACACUGUUACAAUUAACAGUUCCUACAAUGUUUGUACAGGGGAGCAAGGAUGGUCUCUGUCCACUUGAGAAGUUAGAAACCACUCGGAAGAAGAUGAAAGCGCCCAAUGAGCUGCAUGUCAUCGAUGGUGGUGAUCACUCUUUCAAAAUUGGUAAGAAGUAUCUGCAAGCAAAUGGUUCCACCCAGGAUGAUGCCGAAGUUGCUGCAUCGAAGGCCAUUGUCGCUUUCAUUUCCAAAUCUCUUGAAGGAUGAUGAUGCCCCUUUUGUUGAUUUUCUAGAGUACCUAGGUUUGUAUAUACUCUUUGUUGUAUCUAGCUGGUAGUAAUCUGGGCCUUGUUCUUUCAAGUGGGCCGUAAUUGUAUUUUUCGUGAUUUGGUCAAGUUAUUUUUCCUUGCUAGCAGAGUAGACAUAUAUGAAUCUGUUGCUGACAUAAUUUGAAACCUAUUUGGUGAGGAUGGGGUUGUUAACUUAA